UGCUCUGUUUCCCUUGGAAGGAGGCAGGACCCGCAGGAGCACGAGGAAGCUGCCCUGGCCAUUGGCACGGCCAGGGACCUCGGCUGCAGUAAGGGCACUGGGGUCAUCAGGCUCUGCUGGUGUGGGAGCUCUCUUUGGUCGGCCCCUGGCAGAUCUGUGCAGCCAGGACGGCAUGCUGCCACAGCCCAUUCAGGACCUGCUGGCUCUGCUCAAUGAACAUGGCCAAUCCAUGGAGGGGAUCUUCCGGCUGGCAGCCAGCCAGCACGCCUGCUUCGAGAUCAGGGAGGCCCUGGACAGCGGGGUGCCGGUGCAGCCGGAAAACCAGCCUGUGCUGCUACUGGCUGUCCUCUUGAAGGACUUCCUCCGGAAGAUCCCCUCCAAGCUCCUCGAUAUCCAGCUAUACAAGGAGUGGAUAAGAACCAUGGAGAAGACCAGCAGGCAGGAGAGGCUGGCAGCAUUGAAAGAGGUGGCCAGCAAGUUGCCAGAGGCCAACCUGCUCCUGCUCCGGCGCUUGCUGUUGCUGCUUAGCAGCAUCAGCAAGAACGUGGCCACAACCAAGAUGACUGCUCGGAACCUGGCCAUCUGCCUGGCGCCAAACCUCCUGAGUCCAUCCCAGGAGCUUCCCCUGGAUGUCCUGGCUCUGGAGACAGGGAAGGUGACGCAGCUCGUCGGGUUGCUCAUCAACCAGCAGGAGGAACUCCUUGGACAGCAUGUGCCCGGGCUGGCCAGUGAGGGGGAUGAGGGGACACCAGCACCACAAGCAGAGCUGGAAACAGCAGAGGUGCCUCCCAUCGCUCCCGAGAGCGAACAGCAGAGGAGUUUUUCCGGGGAGAAAAGUUAAAACUGCCUGGCUUUGCUUGGUUCAAGGUAAUCAUGGCUUCACCUAUCUAACAAUACUGUUGAAUGGAAAGCUUCCCAGGCUCUUACACAACACCAGGAAGUGAAGAGCAACCUGGGAAGAGGGCAGCGAUGGGCCAACAUGCCGGAAGAAGACCAAAACCGAGAUGCCAGGGAUGGGCAACUGAAGAAAUUCAAGCAGGGGAAGAACAAGUCACCCAGGUGCCCAUUUACUACUUCGGAUUCCCUGUGUGAGCUCUGCUGCCUGGGCUUGGAGUUCCACUCUGCGGCUCCAGCACCACCUUGGCAGCGGCAAGGACAGAACCACCAUGUCCUUCUGCUCUGGAUAGAAGGUUCCACCACCUUGCCCUGGAGCCAGAGCAGUGCCCUCAGACCCAUCCCAGCCCUCGCAGGAGGCUCACUCCUCAGCCCCGCC